AUGGAUCCAUGGAUCCACUUGGGCGAGUCGAGCGGGCGACUUUCUGAGGCCAUCGCGCGAAGGGCCGAAGAAGAGGAGUUCAUCGAUUAUGAUCCCGAGGACCCUGUGCCCAUCUACCUGUCGUUGGAUCCAGCUAAACCACCAGCUACCGAGGUCCUGCGGAGUGAUGUGAGGUCCGCGCCUGCUGAAGGACUGGGUGAAGCGGGUGAAGAUGAUCGAAGGUCUUCCCGCUCCAGCGGUCCAGGUCUUCCCAUCACGAUCAUCACUGUCUCGCCCUUCGCACCAGGACCUGGCGUUGGUGUGGCCAAGAUCACUCCGGAGCGGGUUUGUUCACACGUGACGUCCCACCGGACGCACCCCUUUGCUCAAGGCAUCGGUGCGUCGGUGGGUGAUCUCGAUGAUCUCAUGAGCGAGCUCGGGGCGACCAGCGCCAGGCCCACUGCAAUUUGCAAUGGCUACUCGAAGAGGAUCCCUGCCAGACGGAGAGAACCAAUCUUCAGCCCCACCUCCUUCACCAGCUGGAAGGCGACAGCUCGACAGCCCUGGGAAGAAGCCGCGGCUCCGGAUCUGCCGGCCCUUGAGGGCCAAGCGGCUGAAGCCCAGGUAUGGAUGGAACUUGGCGCCAGCAUUGGGAGCGUUGACGCCUUGAGAAGCAGCCGUCAGCGGUCAGCGAUGUCCUCAGCGAUGUCCACAGCCAAUGGCGAGAGCGAAGUCACUGAACCGCUGGAAGAGCCACGCGCCCUGAGAGAUGAAAGGCGCUUUCUGCAUCAGCGCUUCGAGAAGCUCAAGUCAGACCAUCCAGGCUUCGAGCCCUCCAGCGUUCCCUUUGGCGUGGCCUUCUCGGGGGGCGGAGUCCGUGCAGCUGCCUUCCAUUGUGGCCUUUUGUGGGCAUUAGCUGCUCAGGAUGUCUUGAAGGAUGUCAGCCAUUUGGCCUCCGUCUCGGGCGGCGCCUACACCGCCGCUUGCUACGCCACCCACCUGCUGAAGCUGGCGGAGGAAGCGCCUCCUCCGGGCGCAGCUGGCAGUGGUGGGCUGGAUCGCUGGUACAAGGAGGUUGCAGCCAAGACCAUCCUCCGCAUGCAGCACAAUAUCAAUUAUUUGGUGCGCGGUGGACGGUGUCAAGACCCAGAGUCAGAACGGGGCCGUGGCUGUUGCCCAAGAAUAUUUGACAUCCCCUUCUUCAUUCUGACCAUCAUCGCCACGGCCUGCAUUUCACCGGCAUUGAUUUUCAUCAAUACGGUGUGGCCCUUAGUGUUGUGCAUUGAGCAUGAGUUGGCGGCCACCCUGCGCUCAGCCUGGUGUGAUCCUGAUCACAUGGCGUACAGUGCAGCGCUCUACCAGUGGUCGAAGACUCGCUUGGUCUACUUUGCAGGGCUUACAGCUGCCUUGGGCGUUUUGUUGGCUUUGCUGGCGCGCUUGGGCUGCUGUCGGCCCAACCGAGAUCAAUAUUUGUCUCACCUCUUUCGACGCUCUAUGCAGCAAGUGUUGAUCAGAGGCGCGAUUUGUUAUUCGAUCUAUGUCACUGUGCCCUGGAUCCUCCUCCAAAUGCAGAACCUCACUUGGGGUGCUACCCCAGCGUUCUUCUCCAAUGGUGCUGGUGAAGGCAGUGAGUGGGUGCGUUACUACUGCUGGAGGUAUAUCACUGAGAGUAUUGAGAGGCCAUCCUGCAUUGAUCACACCCAGUUCCACGGGCCUUUGUGGUUCGAUGAUGGGCACAAUUAUCUCUACAGGAAUGCCAGCUGGGUGGCUGAACACCACAUCGCCCACCCCAGCGGGGCGGACCCGGGUGGGAACACUGCAUACACCACGCCCAUGUUUUUAAUUGUCAACCUUAUUAUUUUCGCAGCUGGCUUGAUUGGGCUCUUGUGGGGUUUGUCGCUCCUCCGGUGGUACCUCACCUUAGCGGGCCCCAUUUGGGCAGCGUUCCUGGUGGCUCUGGUCGCCCAAUGGCAGAUCUUUGGGCCCUUGACGGGACAAAGCUUGUUCCCCAACCUCUUGUAUUACUCCCACAGCAGCAGCUCCUGGAUUUUCCACGUUUGCAUCAUUGCAGCUGUUAUUACAUUGCCGAUCUACGACCUGUUGAUCAAAUUGAUCCACUCCUACUACCGGCGCUCAUUGCAGUUGGCCUACUUUUGCGAUGGCGAAGACAUCGAGUUCCCAGCUGCAGCAGAUAGCCCCUACUGCCCAAACCUGCUGCUGGGGGCGUGCAUUAAUGAUUUUCGCAGACCAGAAGACAAAGAGCUUCUCUCUGAUUUCACCUUGACGCCUCUUUUCAUGGGCUGCCCCCGGACCGGCUUCUUCCGCACCGACCGCCGCAUGCGGCUGGGCUACGCCAUCUCGGUGUCCGGCGCCGCGCCCGACACGCUGAUGUUGACCAAGUUCGAUGUGCUCCCAAUUCGAUUCCUUUUGUCCGUCUUCUCAUUACGCCUCGGCGACUUCGUACGCCUGGCACCCGACGGUAAGAUUGCGGCGCAGAUCGGCACCACCUUUCGGCGCUUGGAAGAGCGGGCGGCGCCAGCGGCGGCCGGGAACGAGGUUCGGGCGGCCACAGCACAGUUUUUGGCACAGAGGAUUUGGGAUGGGGCUCCAGUGGCACUCAUCCUGAUGGCCUGCCACUUACUGGUGAUGCUGGGAAGAGGCUUGGAUGAUGUAGGUGGUUGCGGCGCCUACCAGGUGAUCCUGCAGAUGGGCUUGUCUGGCUUUGUGAUACUUUUAGUGCUAAGCUUCUUCGCCUUCGCCCCACAGUUGCGAUGGCUCAUGCGGAGUCCGCUGAUCCUGCAGUUUCAGAUGAUGUUCAUGCACCGACAUCAAGCUAUAGAGCCCCCACCAUACGUCUAUGUCUCUGAUGGGGGCCUUAUUGAGUGCCUCGGGGUGCUCAUGCUUUUGCGACGCAGGAUGCCACUGAUCAUUUGCUCAGAUGCCUGUGAAGAUAUGAAUGUCACCUUGCGUGCCUUGCUGGACACGAUCCACCUCGCCCGGGAGGAGAAGCUGUGUUCCUUCUUCGACGUGGAUGACCCACGCCGCGAUGUGCAGCUGACGAUGGCAGAGGUGAAAGAGAGCCACAAACCCUACCUGCGUUUGGGCAUCCGCUAUGAGCCCGAUGCCAGCGGGGCUGCGUUGGAGGGGGAGCUUCUCUAUAUCCGCAUGCGCUUGGCCCCUGGUGACCAAGCCUCUGAGCGGGACCUGCUCAGUCGAUCGGAACUCCUGGACGGGCCGCCUCCGCCUCCCGGCAGCUCCUUUGCCAUUGGCUCUGGCCCGCGGUCACCCGACGACCUUCGCCCCCGGCGGUGCGAGAUGAACGGCAUGUGGUGCGAAGGCACUUGCGCCCGCAGAUGCCCUGGGCGGCGCUUCCCUGACUUUGGGACAGGCAACCAGUUCCUUCAACCACGGCAUUUCGCUAACCUUUGCGCGCUCGGUGCAGAGAUGGCUUUGCCUGCCGUUAGACACAUUGCUCGGAGGGGCCGUGCCGGCCCCUGA